UGCGAUGGUUGGAACUAUCCGUUAGUAUGCAACCCUCGAACCACGGUGUAGUUCGGCAUUUAUUCGUUACCUACGAACGUCCCUAUGAAUUUGGGGGUUGUUCAAGUUGUGAACGCUGACUAUGUGAGUGAUUCUGUUACUAGAGGUGCGCCUGUCAGUAAAUAGAGCAAAAAUUUGAAAGAAAUGACACGGAAUGUCAAACGACACAAUCACAAGCACCUCAGUCUCGAUCAACCACUCCACCACAGAGGACAGCAAGCACAUCCAGCACGUCGCCUUGGCGGUUUUGUUAAGCGUCGUCAUCGUCAUCGUGAUCAUAGGCAACACCCUGGUGAUACUGGCCGUGCUCACCACCAGGAGGUUGAGGACCGUCACCAACUGCUUCGUCAUGUCGCUGGCGGUAGCUGAUUGGUUGGUGGGCAUCAGCGUCAUGCCUCCAGCUGUGGCCUAUACCCUCAUAGGUGCUUGGAGGUUGGGAAAGAUAUUAUGCGACAUAUGGGUGUCCCUGGACAUUCUCCUAUGUACUGCGUCCAUACUGAGUUUAUGUGCCAUAAGUGUAGAUAGAUAUUUAGCUGUGACCCAACCGUUGAGGUACUCAAGAAAUAGAAGGUCCAAGAGGCUAGCCUUCACCAUGAUCCUGGUAGUGUGGAUGAGUUCGGCAUUGAUCACUUGCCCUCCCAUGUUUGGAUGGUACGAGCAUGGACGUCACACGGGCGAUACCUGCAGGUACAACAGGAACACGGGCUACGUCAUCUUCUCCGCUAUGGGAUCCUUUUUCAUACCCAUGGCAGUGAUGCUCUACGUGUACGUCAAGAUAUCUUGCGUUGUGGCGCAGAGACAUGACCAGCUAGCGCACAUUGACACAGCGCACCCUCGAAAAAGUACAAAACUAAUCUUAAAUCCCAAAGAAGAAUCCGACAUGGACAGAGUGUCCUCAGAAUGCGACGAGCCCAACCUGAGAUGUUCCAGGUACUUUCGACAUAUAAAUGCAUGCAACCACUCUCCUGAAGCGCUGAACCACAACAACCACAACGACCAGCCGAAAAAACCAGCCGUGACCCAGUCGCGGUCCCUCCGCUCCAACAUGAACUACUCCUUCAACCACAACCACACCCACGAACCCCUCACCCCAUCCAGAACGGCCAGCUUAUACAGGGCGUCUCUCCCGCUGAGAACAAGGCCCGAGUCGCUCAACUUGGACGCGUCCAUGCUGAACUUCGAGCCCGCUUCCAGAGUGUCUUCCUUCAGGAGGGAGACGAAAACCGCGCAGACCCUCAGCAUAGUGAUGGGAGGCUUCAUAGCCUGCUGGCUUCCGUUUUUCAUAUUCUACCUUCUCACGCCGUUCAUCAAGAAUAACGAGGUCAACGUGCUGAUCAUGCAGUACUUCACGUGGCUGGGGUGGAUCAAUUCUGCCAUCAACCCCUUCAUCUACGCGUUUUACAGCCCGGACUUCCGAAUAGCUUUCUGGCGGCUGACCGUGAAACACUUUUCUAAAAAUCGGCGGGCCGAUUUCGCUUCGCAGCACAAAUAAGUCGGGUCAGAAUCUAACUUAUUCAUAAUUUAUUUUUUCUAUUGUAAUGUUUACUGUUCUAGUCAUUGCGUAAACUGGUGAAGAAACAGACUGCAUUAGACUUAAUUUUUGACCAGUUUAUUGUUGUUUUGUAUGUAACUUGGUUUAGUUUUUAGGAUAAGACUCGGCCAUUUCGCCUUCUGUUAAAUUAUGCAAAAAUAUGAGUAUUUCACAACACUACUAUAA